ACAGUUUCUUCAUUAUUUUUCUACAAUGUAUCAUGUAUCUUCGUAUUACUUUCAUCAAAUGAAUGUUUGAGAUAUUCAAUUUUGUUGAAAAUAUAUCACCGUACUUGGAAUAAUUGAUUUCAGAAGAUGUAUGAAUAUCUCUAGCAGGCGAAUGGAUGCGCUUUACCCAAAUUUUUACUCACUAACUUCAGUAUCUGCUGAACCAUUAGAUCCUCGUGUACGCCGUCGUUCACUUGUAUGGGGUGUUAAUGCUACUCCCAUUUCUACUCAAACACCAAUAAAUACUACUACUACUACUACUAACAUUAACGAUGGAAAUGAUGAAAACACAAAGGCUAGGAAAAAACUGGAUGAUAAUAUUACUAUCAUACCAUCAUAUAUAAUGAAUUACUCUCAGCAUACUCCAGCAAAAUCGAAAGGAUUGAUGAUUCGUCGACGUAGUGCCAGCCAUAAUCCAAAUAAUCGUAACCAAUUAUUACAUUCGACAAACUCUGCCAACAUUUAUAAUAAUAAUAAUCAGCAGUCGACCACAAAUACAAAUUUUAUUGAUAUCUCAGCAAGUAAUAUGAUACCAGCGAAUUGUAAUAACAAUGUUAACAAUUCACCAUGCUCAUCGAAUUCAACAACACCACCACAACCUCCUCCACCUCCUCCAUUUGCUGAUAAAGAUGGAAAAAAAAUGAAGACACGAGACAAAGAUGAAGGGGAUAUCAUGGACUAUAUUAGUCUACAAGCCUCAAGGUCACUGUUGCCUAUAUCGUCAUUAUCACAAACGCCAGUAUUGCCCACGACCAGCAUAAGAAUGUGUCUAACAGGAGCUUAAGAGACGGAAUUACUACCUCACUUUCAGGACAGCCAAUACUGCCAACAACUUACAGUACCUUAUCACCUCCUGGGUGUCGGAAAAUAUAUCAACA